CUGAAUUUAGCAUAUUGACAGGUUUACCUUGUUUAUGAACAUUUUUAAAAGAUCGAAGUUUAUUCCGGGAUCCCAAUUUCACAUAAAUAAAAAAAAACAGGAAUACAUUUAUAUUCACAAAAAUCUAAAAGGAAUGGAGGUUUUCUUCGACUCAAAAUUUCAGAUCCUCGAAAGAGCCGUUUGCCGAUAAAUUCCAUCCGGAUAAAGGAUUACAAUGUUAGGCGUUCACGACAAUGACUGCAAAACGAGAAGUUCGGCGAUUCUAGAACCGAUUUCCCUUGGCGACGCCACAGCCACGCUCGUGAAUGUUUCCCUGACAAAAAUGAUCAAUGAAGUUCAACCUUCCUUUAGACCAAGUGGAGUUUCAAGAGACGUGAGUUUCCGAACUCGAAAUCAAUCCGGAGUUGAAGACUGGAAUGACAUUAAUUUGAAGGAAUCACCUAUUCUCAAAACCCAAUUUUUUUCAGACGUCGAUCCAUUAGUUGAAUUAUUUAUGCAUACAGAAUAUACAGAUGCUGAAUUGACAAUUUAUUCAUGUUACAAAGUAUGCUUCGGAGUUUCAAAUUUAGCUACUUUGCAAUUAUCAUUGAUCACCGAUAACUUGAUCGAAAUUUUGAAAGAAGUGCAUGAAAUGGAUAAGAAGGUGCUGGAUAAAAACGAUUUUAUUACGACAGUUUCAACCGACAAAGUUGGCUCCUCAGUCUCACAGAGUUACUUGAUGAAAACUUGCCCUGCUAAGAACAAUAUUUCAAAUAAGAUCUUCUCACGCACCCCAAGUUUGAAGAGCCUGUUUGUUGCUGGGAAAAAUUCAGUUCAUGAAACGAGCUAUGCACCUACCAGUUCAUUCAUCCAAUUUACACCUCAGAAAUCACUUUGCGAAGAAUUACUAGCUGACCAAUACAGUGGACACUUGGAAUCAACAUCCAAUUCAAUUGUUGUCAGUCCAAAUUCAUUCAUAAUGCCUAGCUAUUCAGAGACUGGGACUCAAAUGUCAAAUGGAAAGGCCAGAGAUUCAUUUCCACGUGCACUAAAAAAUUCAAAGCAAUCUUCAAAGGCUGCUGACUCAAAAACAGUCGGCCCUGGUGACUCAAUUACACAUAAGAUACUAGUGCAUGACGAAACCGGAUUCAAAGUUCCAAGUGCCAAAAUUAAAGAGAAAGUUCAGCAGCAUGAAUUUUUCAACAGUGCCAACUCACGACAUUGUGGUGUUCAGACAGACGCUAUGAGUAACAAAUUCAUUAAAAUUGAAGCCCAAUUGGACGAAUUCCAUCGAUAUGAAGUCUUUGGGAAUCACUUUCCUUGCAGCAAAGUAAAAAAUACCACGUUCACUUCCACAGCAUUUCGCGGAAACGAUAACCGUUCUCCUGAAGCCAUUGAAGGCCAAGUCAAUAUUACUGAAGUCCCUGCAAACCUACCCUCCAGCACCACAUCGGCUGCAAAGGUCAUCAUCGAGAGCCGGAAUCCUCCAGAAGUAAUCAGCAAGCGGGCAGUGAAGGCAAAUGUCAGCCCCAAGAACUAUGUCUCGUCAGCCGUCAGAUGGGCCGAGUUUAAGACGGUCAACACGCCAGCUUUUCUGCUCACGUUCUUCUUAUUGACGUCGCUGAGUUUCAACGGAGCCAUGGCGAAAAUUCGAUCUAGAGACGACAGCGAUCCAGUGAGCAACAUACGACACGUUUUGCCGGAGUUGGAGCUCGGCAACAAUUCUGUUACCGACGUUCGCUUCAACGAAGGUUCUACGGCCUUCUUGCCUUGCCGAUUUCCAACCUUCCCUCGGCAUCACGAGAACCGCGUAUCUUGGAUACGUCGCUGGGACUGGAACAUUCUGACGGCAGGAAUCUUCACCUACACAAACGAUGAUCGAUUCGUGGUGUUGCACAAAGAUGGUACCAACGACUGGACUCUACAGAUCAAGUUCUUGCAGACUCACGACAACGGCACCUACGAGUGUCAGGUCCACACUGGUUCCGGGUUCAUGUCCCAGUUCGUGAACCUACAUGUGAUCACCCCGCGUGCGGUGAUCUUGGAGCCCAGCGAGUUCACCAUCGAGACUGGACAAGACUUUUCCCUAACCUGCGUCAUCCAGCAGAGUCUGGAGCCGCCGGUGUACGUCAUGUGGUUGCACGGCGGCGUGCCUGUGAACUACGCGCCAGAUCGUCCCCGGCUCGACGUGCAGCUCAUCGUCAAGGGAGCCACGUCGCGCUCGGUCCUGAGCGUCAAGAAUGCCAAGUACACGGACUCUGGUAAUUACACCUGCACCGCCCCUAACGCCGUCAACGACUGGGUGCUGGUCUACAUAACUCAAGGGGAUACAGUGGCAGCAGUACAACGUCGACAACCAAACUCAUCUAAAACAGCAGAAGUGGAAGGAGCCCCAGCCCUUCCCAGCAUGGCUAACGCGGCUCAGCCACUUCUUUCUACCUUCCGAGUGUCCUUUAGUAAUGUAUUUCGGCAACUUCCUGAUGUUCUGCAGCCAUUUGUUGAUAUUCUGAAGCUAUUUACUGAUGUUUUGAAACCCUCAGCUAAUACUUCCAACCCAUCCUCAGAAAUUUCGCCCAUUUUUACUGGUGUACUCCCAUCACGCAUCGGCUUUUGCGAAAAGUCUGUCCGUCUAACAGAAUUAACAGGGGAAACGUAUGUCAACGUACAAAUUCAGCAACAUGUCUUCGAGACUCAAUGCCUUCACGAGCCAUCGAAGCAAGAAAAGUACUCAGUUCGAUCUAUCUUAGACACGAUUAAUUAUAUUCCUGUUCGUAUUCAUCCAUCCGUAAGUGUGAAACGAGAUUAUACUUACCAACGCUACAUAAUAGACGUAAUUCUUAACGUCAGUCUAUACUUAUUUUUAUUGCAACUUUUUUCUUUGGUUCUUUUUGAGUCAUCUUCUCUUGGGUCGUUUUCCGUAAGCCAAUUGAAUUUGAAAUCGAGUUGUCUCCUUCGUCCAUGUUCAACCAAAUUUCAAAAUAAUGUAGUAAAUGAAAAGUCUCUCUCUGCUGAAGUAUGUAGGGGUGCAGAUAGAAGAUAGCGAUGUGUACUUGUUCAAAGCUUGCUUUGUAUUGUACCAAAAUACGAAUACAACCAUAAUGAUGUAAAUAAUUCCACCUUUUUAGUAUCUUCAUAAGAAUUUGUUAUCCUGAAUAUAACUGUAACCUCACGAACUCUAUAACUUGAGAAGUUUUUCAAGGAUUCUUCAUCAUAAUUCUGGUGCUAAUGUUUACGGCAUUUCAGACCUUAAUGUUCAAUUAAAUUAUUGAUUUAUGAUUAUCAAGGAAAUUGAGUUUCCAAAAAAAGUGUUUCAGCAAUUGCAAUUAUGUUUCUUACUGUUAUCGUUCAAUUAAGUACUUCUUUGUAUAAUUAAAACUCUUAUUGUAUUACUUGGAACAGAUAUACAUGUUAAUCACUGAAAUAAAAUUUUCCCUAUGUAAGUGUACCCUAAUAUUUCUAAAACAAUAGGCCCAUCCAGAUUGUAAAUACUUAUUUCAAGAUAUAUUAACCAAGCGACUGUACCUUCAGGACUUUCUUUAUUAUGCUUUUCAACUCCUUACGUUUUAAGAAGUUGUUACGUGUUUUGUACGUGUUUGACGGCCUUUAAAUAUAAGUCAUUAUAUCGUUACGGGUUAUGAAUUUUAUUCAACUAUGUCGAAGAAAGUGAAAAUUUAUUGAACAUAGAAUGAAAGUGAAAAUGUAAGUAGUCACUAUUCUGAAUUUCAACCCAAACUUGAGAAAAUAUUCAUUGAGAUCGAACGGUAUUUUUUUUUCUCGAAAUUUCAAAGGUUUCUGAUAUGCAACCUUACAUCAUUUUUUAAGAUACCUAAUGUUCUUUUCAUUUUUCAAAUGGAAUAAUGUUUUUAGAAAUUGAUGAUAUUCAAUGUCUAUUUAUAAUUGGACUGUUGGCAAUUAUUCAUUAUUAUUAUUAUUGUCUAUUAAUCAGAUAUUGGUUUAGACACAUUUAAGCCUUUUGGGUUCAAACCUCAACAAAACAUAUGUAAAUAUGAUUUAUAAAAUGAAAUAAAGGUAAUGCGAAAAAUAGAAUAUUAUCUGUGGAAAAACUGAAAUCUACAACAGUAAUUCUUCCACCAUGUUCAUGCCUAUAGAAUACAUACAGUAUAUCGCCUGGAAACUAUGCUUUUUCACUGCAUUGCUACUCGAUUUAAAAAAUUCAUCGAAAUUUAAUUUUUCCAUUUGGAUCAGUGUGGUAGAAUGAGAAAGUGCAAAUUCGUGGCCCAUGAAGGCAUUAAAAUAAUCAGCUAUUUAAUGGCAAUGUGAAACAUGUUAUGAUUAUAAAAUAAUAAUUUAACGAAUACCAGAGAACAUAAAACCAAAAGUUGUAAUGAGUUAAGGAGAACCAGAGAAAAAAAUACCCAUCUACAAAAUAGCUGACUUAUUUAUAACCUAAAUGUAAUAAAUGUUUAGAAUUUGUUGUUCAACCAAAUACAUAUUUAUGAUCUAA